AUGCUUAGGGCAACAUAUGAACAUAUUAUUCAUGUAGAGUCAUUUAAAAAUAUUGAUCUCUUCAAUCAAGGACUGUAUUACUUAAGAUUUAUGAUCAAAUCAAAUGGAGAAUAAGCUACUCCUUAUAAUUAUUUUGAAACCAAUAAUAAUAAGAAAAAAGAAUCUUGGCAACCAAGUCAGAUUGAUGAACAAUACUUUUAAACUAGAACAUUUAUGAUACGAUUCCAAGAAGAGGAAGUAGAGAUAGAUGAAAGCUGCAUUUUUAAAAUUGAAGUAUCCGCAUCACCACAUUAUGAACAUGAAUUCAAAUUAGUAUGUGAAUUGAUGUGUGCAGAUUUAGCCAAAAUUGGAGGUCCUCCAAAUGAAGAAUCUCUUUUUAAGUGCGUAGCUACUUUCUAAGGACGAAUCUGUAAUUCUUAUAAGGGAGUUCAUGAAUAUGUUCCAAUCAUGUUUGAUACCAAUCAUUUUUGUUAGGUUCACUGUACUGUGAAUUCUAAUCUUCAAGAUUUUAAAUUCAGACUAAGUGAAUUUCAAAAGGCAAAUAGCUCCAGAAUAUUAAUUCAGCCAAAAACAUUUACAGAGUUCCUUCAUAAACACACUAGCAAAUUUACUAAGAGUCAAGAAUUCUUUGAUUACUAUAUUGGAUAAUUGAGAUUAACUAGUGAAUCACUGUAAUAAUAAGUGGCUAAGCUUUGUGGUUAAUUAAAAUUAUAUGAGGAAUUAUCUAAGUUACCUACUAUUCCUAAAUUCUCGUAUAUCCAAUAUCAGGAAUCUUCCAUUAUAAAAGAGAACAUUAAUACAAAAGGUAAUAUGCUAAUUUCAGAUGUUCUAAAUUUAAAGAAUAUUAGAGAUUAAAACCUGUUAUCUACUCUCAUCGAAAAUGAUAUAAAUCAAUAUUCCUCUGUUCUUUUUGAAUUACAAAACAUACUCAUUAAUAUCAUUUAAAACAAUUCAAAAUAAUAUAGAAUAUUAUUGCAAUAAGACUAUCAAGUUAAAAUAAAAGAUAAAUGGGGAGAAACCUAUUUUAGAGAAGUUAUUAAAUGUAAUUCCUUUUCCAAUGGCACUUUAUGUCAGAAAUAGCAUCAAGAUGUUAGUGAUCAAAUUAGAAAAAAACCUAUUAUCAUGGAAUAAUAAUUGGAUAUUAUAGAUGAGAAUCUAUUCUCUGAUUAAAAGUAGGCAACUGUGCUAUUCGAAGAAAUCUAUCAGAUUAGUUAACCCUUAGUUUAAUAGGAAUAACUCUUGCACUUAAUUGUUUUAGUGCAUGGAUUUCAAGGAAAUUCUUUGGAUAUGAGAUUGAUUAAGAAUAAUCUUUAAUUAGAAUAUCCAAAUCAUCACUAUUUAAUGAGUAGAGCAAAUGAAGAUCUGACUGAUGGAAAUCUCGCUGAUAUGGGUUAGAAUCUAGCUUAGGAAGUCAAAUAAUACCUCUUAGAUUGGAUCAAAACUAAUCCUUUUCGUAUCAGUUUUCUUGGUCAUUCCAUGGGAGGAGUUAUUGUUAGAGCAGCAUUGCCGCAUUUGAGUGAAUUCAAGGUCAAUAUGAAUACAUAUAUAUCAUUAUCAAGUCCACAUCUAGGAUACGGUUAUAAUAACAGUUUACUUAUUGAUGCAGGAUUAUGGUUCCUAAAAAGAAUGAGAAAAUCAGUCUCCUUAUAAUAAUUAGCUAUGACUGAUGCUGAGUAAAUUGAAAACACAUUUCUUUAUCAGUUAUCAAGAUAGGAGGGUUUAAAUUGGUUCUAGAACAUUCUAGUUGUAAGUUCAGCUUAAGAUUCAUAUGUUCCUUUUGAAAGUGCUAGAAUAUCCAAGAACUUUGAAAGAAGUGAUUAAAACUCUCGAAAAUAUGAGAAAAUGGUUGAUAACAUUUUUAAAGGAAUGAGAGCAACAUAAGUGAGAAGAUUAGAUGUUAACUUCGUUUUAAAUGAAAAUCGAACCAUUGAUAAUAUGAUUGGAAGGUCUGCCCAUAUUAUGUUUCUAGAAAAUUAAUAACUAUUAAGGAUGCUGGUAACUUGUGUAGAUGGUGUUUUCAAUUGA